AUGAGCGAGGGUCGCAAAAGCCAGAUAGUGUUGUUAGACGAGAGACGCCUGGACAUUAUUAUACAGCCCAAGUUGUACUCCAGUGAGCUUCUGGAUCUGGUUGCCUCUCACUUCAAGCUGAAAGAAAAGCAAUACUUCGGACUGGGUUUCUUUGAUGACAC